AUGCGGUUCGCUCACCUCUUCCUCCCAGUAGCGGCAGUGGCACCGCUGUCUUCUGCAUUUGUGGUUCCAGAUGAGAAGGUGCUAGGCCAGUUUCGCUUAGAGAAGCAGCAGCCUGAGCGAAAUGCUGGAGAGCUGGAUGUUCCUUCUCAUGUUGUGGAUAUUGAGGAGGAUGAUAUUGAUAGUGAUCUGUUAUGGGCUCUUACGAUGAUGAAAGAUGAACAUGACUCCGUCUUCGAUGUUGUUGAUUCUUAUUCUUAUAUCGCCACUCCGGAGGAGAGCGGGUGUACUAGUCAGGAAGAUGGGGAGUAUGGCGACGAUGGUGAUGAUAGUGACAGCGAUGAUGAGGGCGAUGAUGAUGAUGACGACGAUGGAGAGCACAGAGCGCCCCAUCGCCGUCCUCGUCGUCCUCACCGUGGUCCCUACCCACAUCCACACCCGGGCCGCUGUCCAGGCUCAGAUCUCUGCCCUGCGCAGCUCACAAUCUGGGAACUGCUCAGCGAAGACCGCCAAACAGCCCACCUAGCCGACAUCCUCUCGUCAGACACAAACCUGGUAACGCUCCUAAACAGCUCCGCAGCGAACUACACAGUCUUCGCACCGACAAACCGCGCCCUCGCCCGUCUGCCGCGCGAAGGGGGAGGAGGCAAAAAGCCCUCGCGCAAGUUCCUGAGCCGAUUGCUGCGGUACCACAUUAUUCCCGGCAGAGUCGGCGUUGAGGAACUUGUUGCUGCUGGACUGCAGACGCUGCCGACGCUGUUUAAUGAGUCUGCGCUUGGGAAGAAUCUGCCGCAGAGGGUUGUUGUCUCCAGAGGGUUUGGGGAGGAGGUGGUUCUUAAUUGGGGCGGGAGGGUCGUUGUUGGUGAUAUUACAGCAACAAACGGCCUCAUCCACGCCAUAAACACCCCCCUCGUGCCACCCCCUCUAACCCUAACCCAGCUCGAGCUAUCCCCCGAAACAUUCAGCACCUUCACAUUCGGCCUCUCCAAAACCGGCCUAGACAAGAACCUGACUAACAAGAAAAAGAAGAACCACAAAAACGGCCGAGGUGGAACGACCUUCGUGCCCACGAACGAAGCAUUCAAGCGUCUAGGCCGGCGCGCGAAUGCAUUCCUGUUCUCGAAACGGGGAAAAUACUGUCUCCGUGCGCUGCUGCAGUACCACCUUGUGAGCAAUCAGACGCUUUAUUCUGAUGUAUUGUAUACAUCCACCGGAGGGAUUGAGGUGUUUAGUUCUAAGUCGAAGAUGGGGAGGGGGGAGGAGGGCGGGAAGGAGAAAGGGGUUCACGUUGUUUUGCCGACGAGGUUGGGCAAUCGGACUGUUAGCGUUGAUCUUAAGUAUAGACAUCAUUGGGACGUGGUGAUGCGGGUGAAUGGGUUCGAGAGGGUUGUGGAGUUGGAUCGGAUUGCGAGGGAUGGGGUGGUGCAUGUUCUGGAUCGGGUCUUGAUCCCGCCUAAGAUGGUGGGUGAGAAGGAAGAGGAGCCGAGUGAGGAUUCGGGGGAGAUAAGUCCCGAGGAGUUGGAGGAGAGGCUGCUGGGACAGUUCGGGGUGGAAGGGGAGCAACCGAGGAUUCAUGCUGAGCUGUGA